AUGUUCAACUGGGCCAAGCAACAACUGGCCAAUGUCGCCGGCACCCAGGAGCCUAUCUACGGCCCCUCUGCCAUCAAGUCUGUCGCUACAGAGGCCGAGAAGACUCCCUACACCGAGACCUCUCGAAAUGACCUGAAGUGGCAGGCUAUGGACUCUACGUCUGUUGAGACGCACACCUUUUACAUCUUUGGCGACAACGGCUACAUUGCCCUUGCUCAGCUCAUCUAUAGUAACGUAGCUGGCAUCCGAACAACUUGCCAGUUCAGCGCAAAGGUCUUUAGCUCAGACCCUUCCAAGCCCCACGUCUGGGCCACUACACCCCUCAGCAACCACGACUUCAACGAGGACAAGACGAGUUUCUACGCCGACGACUGCGCGAUCGAGCUGUCCGAGGAUGGCACCUACUACACCAUCAAGAGCAUGAACGACCCCAACGCCAUCGUCAACCUCAAGAUCACCCGCUCUACACCUGGUUUCCAGGCCGGAACCACAGGAACAACCCUCUACGGUACCGACCUCGAGAACCCAUGGGGAUCUAUGCGACACGUCUUCUGGCCUCGCUGUGUUGCUGAGGGCACCAUCACCACAAAGGAAGGCCCCAUGGAUUUCAAGGGCAAGGCUUUCUUCGCUUACGCCCUUCAGGGCAUGAAGCCGCACCACGCUGCAUCUCGAUGGAACUUUCUUAACUUUCAGGGUCCCACCUAUUCAGCUGUGUUGAUGGAGUUCACCAGCACUCCCUCGUACGGCUCUACCCUCGUCAACGUGGGUGGUAUUGUCAAGGAUGGCGAGAUUGUCAUCGGCGGCGUCGACAACACGGCCACGCACACUCGGGUCAAGAAGGAUUCGGAGAAUGACUGGCCUGAACCGAGCGACGCAAAAUACACCUGGGCCGGAAAGACCAAGGACGGAAAAGCCGUCGAGGCGUCGGUCGAGGGAUCUCUCGGAGAGAGGGUCGAUCGAGUUGACGUCAUGGCCGAAGUCCCCGGCUUCGUCAAGACCAUUGUCGCAGCUGCAGCUGGCACAAAGCCAUACAUCUAUCAGUACCAUCCCAAGCUCUCCCUGAAGCUGAAGAUUGGAGAUGAGGAGAUCGUCGAGGAGGGCACCAUCUUUACCGAAGCUACUUUCAUCUCAUGA